AUGGAUUUUAGUUCUCUUAACCCAGUGACAUCCAAUGCUUUGAACCUAGCUGCAAGAAAUAAUAAUGUUGCGACAGUGGAAAGAUUACUUAAGAAAAUGAACCCUAAUUGCAUCGAUAAUCGUGGGUGGACCUGUCUCCACGAAGCUGCUGCUAAUGAUAGCUAUGAAAGCUUGUUAUUGAUUUUAAAACAUAAAGAUAUGAGACUUUUGGCAGAAACUCACGAAGGCCACACCGCGCUCUAUCUCGCAUGUCGCUACAUGAGUUCAUUUAAAACGGUGAAAGCUAUACUGGAUAGUGUACCUGAUAUUGCAAACUACGGAAGUACAGAAGAUGUUACACCUCUACAUUUAUCAAGUGCACAAGGGAGAAAUGAAGUAAUUCAAUUGCUUUUAGAUUAUGGAGCUAUUAUUGAUGUUCAGGAUUUUGAUGGAGAUACUCCAUUACAUGAUGCAGCACUUGCAACUCAAUAUGAUACAGUUAAUUUAUUACUUCAUGCAGGAGCAAACCCAGAUAUAAAAAAUGAGGCUAAUUAUUCACCAUUUCACUUAGCAUGUCAUAAAGGAUGUUAUCAAACUGUAAGAAAUUUAUUUCUAUUUAUAAGUGAUGUCAAUCAAGUCACAAUGAACGGUAACAGCCCCUUAAUUUUAGCAACACAAGGAUGUAAUGAUAUUAUUGUUCAAUUUCUUUUAAAAAAUGGUGCAGAUCCACAUAUCAAAAAUAGUUAUGGAGACAUAGCCCUCACUAUGGCUUUAAACAUGGGUGACAUUUUAAGUUUCAACAUAUUGCUUAGAGUUACAGACCUUUCUAGAACAGAUCCGAAUAUAAUACAACAUGCUUGUAAACCUCACCAUUUUAAAUUAGAAAUAUUAGAAAGUCUAUUGACUUAUGAUUUAAAUCCUGAUUUUUUUGAUUUCUAUGAACAGUUUCAUGUCACUUUGGAACAAAUUGGUGAAUUCAGGCCAAAAUACCUUACAAAUGCUCCCCUUAAUUCAUUCUUAAAUAUAUGUGAAUAUAUUUACCAGUUUUCUCCUGAAAAGUUUGAAGAGUUUUUUUAUUUAUUUUUAAUGAGAGGACUUUCUGUUAAUCCAGUAGAUGUUAAUGAGUGUCCACCCUUGGUAUAUAUCCAUUACAGCAUGCACUCUUUAUGCUUUAAAGAUGUAUUUAAAAUACUCAGAGAACAUGGGUGCAAUGUAGAUUACUGCAGUGCUAUAUCACAUUUAAAUCAAAAGAGAAUAUUGCCUGAUGCAUUUUUAGCAUCAAUAACAUCUGAUCCAUCAACAGCUCCGUUGAUGUUGCCAUAUAGCGUUCAUUGCGAUGCAGAGUAUCUAUUAAAUUUUGCCACAGAAAACGGAUUAUUGGGACGCUUCCCAUUAAAUGUACAAGAGCAGUUACUUUCAAUGAUUGGAUUAAAUACAGAUUUCAAUGCAGAGUCUCUGGCAUACACUAUACUACCGUUAAAGCAUUUGUGUCGUCAGAAAAUAAGAUAUAUUGUAUUAACAAAUUUAAGGUUAAAAGCUUAUCAUGAAUUCCUUACAUUUCUUAAUAGGAUAAGAAUACCUAGGAUAUUAAAAGACUAUUUGUGUUAUCUU